CAGUAUCGGCGGCUCCGGGCCCUCGGUUCGCUAGAGACGCGCUCUGCACGUGGAGAGUUGUGUGGAUCCCGCGACUUCAUCCACCCCACCGGCAUGUUUGAGGAGCCGGAGUGGGCCGAGGAGGCUCCAGUAGCCGCGGGUCUCCCGCCUGUAGCCUCGCGGCCUCGGCCCGCCUCAGCUUCGCAAAUCAAGGGCUCCAAGCACCGUCAGCUCUUGGCCACAUUACGGGCCCUAGAGGCAGCAUCUCUUCCCCAGCAACCCCCUAGCCUGCCUGGCAGUGACUCUGAGGAGGAUGUGGUGGAAAGGAAGAAGAAACACCCAAAAAAGGCCUCAUCUGCCAGUGCUUCUAUUGAAGUAGAGAAGAAGAGGAAGAAGAAAUGUCAACAACAGGGCCCACCUGGCAGUGACUAUGAAGAAAAGGAAGUAAAAAGGAGCAAAAAGUGCCUCAAAGGGGUUUUCAGUGCCAGUGACUCUGCUGAAGAACAGAAAAGAAAGAGGAAAUGCCAGAAACAGGUCCCCUCAAACCCCGCCCAGCACCAGGACAAUGAUAACCAAACAGGUCCCAAAGCUUGGAAGAGUAGUGCGACAAAUGACCAAUCCAAGCAAAGUCCUGGGUCCACUUCUGCCAACCCCCCGCAAACCUUGAGUCGCAAGCAGUGGCGGAACCGACAGAAGAAUAAACGUAGACAUAAGAACAAGUUUCGGCCACCUCAGCCACCAGACCAGGCUCCAGCCACAGCCCCCAAAGAGGAGACAGAGAUGCCUCCUGCCCCCAGCCCAGAUAACUAUGAGGAUCGGGCAGGGGCUCUGCGAGCCCGCAUGGCACAGCGGCUGGAUGGUGCCCGAUUUCGCUACCUCAACGAACAGCUAUACUCAGGGCCUAGCAGUGCUGCACAGCGUCUCUUCCAGGAAGAUCCUGAAGCCUUUCUUCUCUAUCACCGCGGCUUCCAGAGCCAAGUCAAGAAGUGGCCACUACAGCCAGUGGACCGCAUCGCCAGGGAUCUUCGCCAGCGGCCUGCGUCCCUGGUGGUAGCUGACUUCGGCUGCGGGGACUGCCGCCUGGCUUCAAGUAUCCGGAACCCUGUGCACUGCUUUGACUUGGCCUCUCUGGACCCCAGGGUCACUGUGUGUGACAUGGCCCAGGUGCCUCUGGAGGAUGAGUCUGUGGAUGUGGCUGUGUUCUGCCUUUCGCUGAUGGGAACCAACAUCAGGGACUUCCUAGAGGAGGCAAAUCGAGUGCUGAAGCAAGGGGGUCUCUUGAAAGUGGCUGAAGUCAGUAGCCGGUUUGAAGAUGUUCGGACCUUUCUGGGGGCUGUGACCAAACUGGGCUUCAAGGUCAUCUCCAAGGAUCUUACCAACAGCCACUUCUUCUUGUUUGACUUUGAAAAGACUGGGCCUCCUCGGGUAGGGCCCAAGGCUCAACUCACAGGCCUGAAGCUUCAGCCAUGUCUCUACAAGCGCAGGUGACCCCUGGGCCUGCCUUGAAAGGGGAUGCAAGUCUUGAACUCCAGGCUCAGAACUCUGAAGACUGUAUCCAGCCAGUCUCUGACCCAGGAACUGAUAACAUCACUUUCGCCGUCUUAAGACCAAAGUGUGAUGAAACCCCCUGGCUCAGCCCUGCUCUCACGAAGGCUUCUUGUUUGUGAGAAGCAUAAAGUAACUCAGGCUAGCUAAAGAAUAAGGAGUUUAUUGUGAAAAUACAAGGGUAUCUGGGAAAUAUGGGUCCUCCAGAUGUGGGAACUAGCUGGUUUGGAAUUCAAGGCAUCUCUGGGUUUGGCUCCUCUUUCCAUCUAUCAGGAGUCAUGUGGACUUUCUGCCCUGGCAUCUCUACUCUCUUCUCAUCUCCGUCUCCUGAGAAAAUCUACAGCCAGGGCUGG